AUCAAGGCACACGCACAUGACACAUUCUAAUCAAAAUCUUGAGCUCAUCUCACACACAGAAAAACUCAGAACUCUAAACACUCAAAAAACUCAAAACUAAAUCUCAGCUCCCAACUUCAAAUGGCUGCCACUAACACUUUCGAAUACACUUUCGUGUUUAUUUAAGUUUAAUAUAACUUACAAUAAACAUGGGUUUUGGAAGAAUGAUUGGUGGAAACUUGGAUCCGGAGAGAAAAAGGAGUGGUGGUUUGAGAACGAAGCAAGCUGGAAGAGGGUCAUGCCGAGGAAGUUAGAUUCUGAUUCUUUUCUCUGCUUGUUAUUGAUUUGUUUUGCUGUAAAAAAAAAAAAAUUCUAGAAAAAAUGGGUAUUGUACUAAAAGAGGUUUUAAAAGCCUUUUGUUCUUCGAAUCAAUGGUCUUAUUCUGUGUUUUGGAAGAUCGGCUGCCACAACACUAAGUUAUUGAUUUGGGAAGAACAUUACAAUGAACCAUCACCAAAUCCUGAAGUACCUUUUGGAGGGUGGGAAGGAUGCUGGGGUACUUCUGAUAUUGGCUCCUCACUGCUUGGGAAUCAAGCAGGAGAUAGAGUGCAACAACUAAUUAACAAAAUGAUGUUGGAUAAUCAUGUUCAUGUAUUAGGUGAAGGAAUGGUAGGGCGGGCUGCUUUCACAGGAAACCACCAGUGGAUUCUUGCGAAUAGUCAUAUUAGAGAUGCCCAUCCACCAGAGGUUCAAAAUGAGGUGCAUCUCCAAUUUUCUGCUGGCAUGCAGACAGUUGCUGUUAUACCUGUUAAUCCUCAUGGCGUUGUUCAGCUUGGUUCUUCCUUAUCCAUUGUGGAGAACAUUGAAUUUGUAAAUUAUGUGAAGAAUUUAAUCCUCCAAUUGGGUUGUUUCCCUGGAGCUCUUCUUUCUGAACAUUAUGGAGCAAAAGAAUCUGAUUGGAAAAUUGGGGUACCUAUUUCUAGUGAAAUGCCUGUUUCUAUGGAUCCAUCUGGAAUUCAUAAGGUGAUAAGCUCCACUCCUGUAGCUCUUGGCAGCUACAAUCAACAGAGCAGCUCAUCUCAACCAUCAAGGCUAGUUGGUCAAGUUUUGGGUUCUCUGGGUAGACAGAUUCAACAUAGUGCACAGGCUAGUGCGUCAACAUUUCAAACUCCUACUAUGGCUCAAACUUCAGUUAAAUCCCAUGAUGAUCACUGCAUACCAAAAUUCAGUCGAGUGUUAAAGCCGGAUCUUCCAUUUGGAGAUCAAUUGGGGAAUGGAGGUGUGGAUGCUGAAGUAAUUCGCACAAGUUCAGAUGUGUGGCUGAACCAGCAGGCUUCUUUAUGUAAUUCAAGGACAGCAUUCAUUUAUCAACCUACUUUUGAUCAGUCAAGUAGCAGGUUUAAGUCAGCUGAGCAGAUUUUGACAGAUGCUGCUAUUCUAGAUGUUACAAAUAAAGCAAAUGAAGCAAAUGUUGAUAGAUUUGUAGCUUCUCAGUUGAGAAAAAUUGGAGGGUUAAAUGGAGGUUCUGUUCCGACGCAAUUGCUUGACGGAAGUGAGUUAUGUCGCAGAAUGAUCGGUCAAAUGAGUUCAAAUUCACUUUCAUGCUCUCAGUCAAAUCCACAGAAACUAGCUGACAGUAAUCUGUAUGGCUUACACCAGGCUGGUAUGGGGAUUAAAAAUUGCAAUCCAUCAAAAGUGGAGGAGUUUCCUUUGUCUGGUCUUGUAGAUCAAUUAACCACGAGUGAGAUGCUCUCAGGAGGCUCCAGUCUGUCAGAUGUUAAGCAUAGUCAAAAUGAUUUGGCCUCCAUGAAAGAAAAGGGGGGCAAUGUUUUGUUUCAAGCAUUUAACAACCAUCCUCAUGAAAGUAUGUCUUUGAGUGGGCAAACUCCUGGAGUUAUUUAUGAUUGCCAAAAGCAUGACGAUUCAGAUACAGCUCUAAGGUCUAUCAGUGCUAAAUUUGAAGAUGGAUUUAAACAACCUCCAUCGGGGGAUGACUUAUUCGAUGUUUUGGGUGCUGAUUUCAAAAAUAAGCUCCUCAAUGGAAACUGGAACAAUUUUCAUGCAGAUGGGCAAAAUCUGGGUAAGGAUAGUUCAAUGUGUUUGAAUGAGCCAGAUGUAAGUUCUGAUUUUCAUUCAGUUAAUGAAGGUUUAUUAAACACUGUUAUGUUCUCUGGGAUGGGAACUGAACAUCUUUUAGAUGCUGUGGUCUCAAGGGCCCACUCCAGUGCUAAGCAGAUUUCGGAAGAUAAUGUUUCUUGUGGAACAACGGUGUCGAAAAUUAGUAGUUCCUCUAUUCCUAGUGCUCCACAGUCGUGUGGCCAGGUUAAUUUAUCGAAUUUCGUGCAAGGGGAGCUAUUUGGCCUGCCCAAGUCCAUGGCAAAGGCAGGGACUAUAGGAUCUACUUCUUUUCAAUCAGGCUGUAGCAAGGAUGACGGGGCAAAUUGUUCUCAAACUACUUCUAUUUAUGGAUCCCAUAUCAGUUCUUGGGUCGAACAGGGUCAUAGUGUGAAGCAUGAUGGUAGUGUCUCAACUGCACUCUCUAAAAGGAAUGAUGACAUGACUAAAUCAAAUCGCAAAAGACUUAAACCUGGAGAGAACCCACGACCUAGGCCAAAAGAUCGUCAAAUGAUUCAAGAUCGUGUGAAAGAAUUGCGGGAAAUUGUACCGAAUGGAGCAAAAUGUAGCAUAGAUGCACUUCUGGAGCGUACCAUCAAGCAUAUGCUUUUCUUGCAAAGUGUGACUAAGCAUGCAGACAAGCUUAAACAAACAGGGGAGUCUAAGGUACAGAUUAUCAGCAAGGAAGGUGGGUUAGUGUUGAAAGACAACUUUGAGGGAGGGGCAACCUGGGCUUUUGAAGUUGGUUCACAAUCUAUGGUCUGUCCUAUCAUUGUUGAAGAUCUGAAUCCACCUCGACAGAUGCUUGUGGAGAUGCUUUGUGAGGAGAGGGGUUUCUUUUUGGAAAUAGCUGACCUCAUAAGGGGAUUGGGAUUGACUAUCUUGAAGGGGGUGAUGGAAACUAGGAACGACAAGAUCUGGGCACGUUUUGCAGUUGAGGCAAACAGGGAUGUCACAAGGAUGGAAAUAUUUAUGUCACUUGUUCAACUUUUGGAGCAAACAGUGAAGGGCAGUAGCACAUUAGCUAAUGGUUUGGAUAACAGUAUGAUGGUGCAUCACUCAUUUCCCCAAACCACCUCUAUACCAGCGACUGGUAGUUUACAGUGAGCCACAUGCUGAUGUUGUUAUGUUAAGAGCAAGCUUGGUGUUGGUUGCCAUGACUAACAUGCAGCAUUUCCAGCCUAAGCUCUGGGGUGGUUUUAACUUUAACUUACUUGUUUAACCUCACUUUCCUUAGAAGGGCAGGUAGUUAUGAGAUGGUCAACAAGUUUGGAGUGUGUUCCUUGAAUCCUAUGCCUUCUGAAAACAACAUUAUUCUAAAAGAGGUUUGGAAUCAUCUAUAUUAUAUUGUUUUCUUA